GCAGGACCAUGUCCCUGGUUCUUCCCACUCUGCUCUGUCUUGGGUUGUCCCUAGGCCAGAGCACUCAGGCACAGAACGGAAAUCUCCCCCAGCCUCAUAUCACAGCUCUGCCUGGACCCAUGGUUCUGCAUAGUAAUCCUGUGCUGAUCCUGUGCCAAGGGCCUGCAGAGGCUGAAGCAUACGUCAUAUCUAAAGUGGGAAACCGUGAGCCCUUGGAGAGAAAGAACCAACUGCUGCGUGAGAGGAUCAACCAUUUGACUAUUGCAGAGAUGACGCCAGACAGGUCUGGGCUGUACCACUGUUCCUAUCAGAGUGGAGGCAGCUGGUCCCAAUUCAGUGACCCCCUGCAGCUGGUGAUAACUGGAGCUUAUGACAAACCUUCCCUCUCAAGCAUGACUGGCACUGUGGUGGCUUCAGGGAAGAAUGUGAAGUUACAGUGUUUCUCAACACUCAAGUUUGACGCAUUUAUUCUUAUUGAAGAAGAUGAAGUUCACGCCAUCCAGAACCAAAGCUCCACUCCCAAGGGUGGUGGACUUCAUGCCGUCUUCCUCUUGAAUCACGUCUCCUCCACACAGGCCAGGACAUACAGAUGCUACGGUGCCCUCCGCAAUUACCCCUAUGUGUGGUCUCACCCCAGUGACCCAUUGCAGCUUCAGGUCAGAGAAUUCCCUGGUGGGAUCACCACCGCACCCACAAUGACAGGAGGAAAGAAAGAGUUAUCUGUUCCUCAUAAAAACACAUCGCUGGGGCCAGCAGGACAACUUGGAUGCAGGACCAUGUCCCUGGUUCUUCCCACCCUGCUCUGUCUUGGUGAGUCUGGGAGAGAGGGGCCCAGCUACAAAUACAAGGCUACAGGGGGCAGGGCUGCCGGUUCUAGAAAGCUGAGCUGUCUCACCUGCUGUUUCCUUCCAGGGUUGUAUCCAGGCCAGUGCACUCAGGCACAGAACAGAAAUCUCCCCCGACCUGAUAUCACAGCUGUGCCUGAAUCCAUGGUUCUGUCCAAGGAACCAGUGAGCAUCCAGUGCCAAGGGCCUGCAGAAGCUACAGCAUAUGCGAUAUCUAAAGUGGGAAGCCCUGAGCGCUCACACACAGAGAAACAACUGCUGUCUAAGACUACAAAUACUUUGGAAAUUGCACAGAUGACACCAGACAGGGCAGGGCUGUACCACUGCUCCUUUCAGAGUGGAGAUAGCUGGUCCCAGUUCAGUGACCCCCUGCAGCUGGUGAUGACCGGAGCUUAUGACAAACCCUCCCUCUCAAGCAUGACUGGCACUGUGGUGGCUUCAGGGAAGAAUGUGAAGUUGCAGUGUUUCUCAAGACUCAAGUUUGACGCAUUUAUUCUUAUCGAAGAAGAUGAAGUUCACGCCAUCCAGAACCAAAGCUCCACCCCCAAGGGUGGUGGACAUCAGGCUGUCUUCCUGUUGAAUCAAGUCUCCCCCACACAGGCGGGGACCUACAGAUGCUAUGGUGUCUUCAGCCGUUACCCCUAUGUGUGGUCUCAUGCCAGUGACCCAUUGCAGCUUCCGGUCAGAGGUGAGGAAGCCCCAGUGCACACAUCCUCAUGUCCCCUCCUGGAGACCGACAUGGUCCAGGUGGAGCAGUGAUUGG